CUUCACCCUCAAGCACCAGGCAUCAGCAACAUUCAGAUGACCUUGACCUUGGACUUUGUAACGACAUGCCAUGAAACGAUAUGACCGUGAUUCACUACGGGAAUGGUAAUGCUCGUGCCUGCAAAUUACAACCUGAACCUCCCUGAAUGUUCUUGCUUUGAUAAACAGAACUCGUCUUGGGAACUGCCUCCCCUCCUCCUCUGCCACCACAACCACCGACCCUCCCAACCUUGCACAUCCACCCUACACAAGGUGUAGCUGCUGCUGCUACAGCUACUUCUAGUCCCACAGACCGGCUACAAUAUGAUGCGAUCAAACCUAUUCUCCCGACUCCUACCCAAUCCCAACCACCGAUCCAUAUACGAAGAACUCCGAGCUGAGGAAGAUUUAGAGGAUCAACGAGGUCUGGAUUUAGAUGAAGAGAAUUUGAGGUUCCAUGACGAUCAACUCGGGGGCGACCAUGAUCUUUUCAACGGUGACGACAGUACAACUGAGGAUACAGCAUUCUUGGGUGGCGGACGAAACCUUUCACGGGGGAGUGCAGGGGACAACAAAGAUGGGCUAAGCGCUAUGAAUUUGGUGCCGCAGUCACCAAGACUGCUUGAAGACGAUGGAGAUGAUGAUGUACCUCAAUCUCUCUUAAUCGAGGCCACUCCCAUGGCCGGUCCUAGUGUACCACCCCAUUCAAGACCUCGACCCACCAAGAACAAACGGCAACCCCCAAUACCAGGCCCGGCAAGUAGAGAAAAUCGAGCCCAUUGGGAAGCAGCUCUAGCUCAGCAACAAAUCCAUCAAGAAAGAAGUAGAAAUGAGCAGCGUGAGACAGAACAACCACCCCGAGGAAGGUUGUUUACCGGAAGUGAAAAACAAAAGGCAUUGUGGAGAUGGAGCCAAGUCACAGAUAUCGAUGGGUUUAUACAUGAAGUCUAUGACUACUAUUUGGGCUGUGGUUUUUCGUGUAUCAUACUCAAAUCAAGUCUGAAUAUUUUGUAAGUUGGAUGGAUCUCUUGGUUCCGGGUACGAAUUAACUGACAUUCCAACCAAGGCGGCAAAUAUUUAUGGCUUGUCUAUUCAUCCUUCUCACCCAAUGUAUUGACUACACAAAGUUCCGUGAAAAGAGGAAAUUAUCAGAAGUCAUUAUACCGAAUUGGAGAACGAAAAUGUCAACAACAGCCAAUGUCUUCAUUUGGGUAUUCGCGUUGGCCCUUUUUUUCCAGGUCUACAAGCUUCUCACCUACUCGAUUCCUAGAAUGAAACGUACACGAGACUUUUACACCCACCUGCUCGGUAUUCAAGAAUUCCACAUGCAGACUGUCACAUGGCAAGAUGUUGUUGCUCGUAUUAUGGCUAUGCGAGAUGCAAAUCCAACAUUGGCAGGAAACAUAAUUACACCAAACAUUAAAUAUAUGGAUAGGGGAUCAAAACAGAGACUCGAUGCUCAUGAUAUCGCCAAUCGACUUAUGAGAAGAGAGAAUUACUUGAUUGCUAUGUUUAACAAGGAAGUCUUGGACUUGAACAUAGCAGGACAUACACUCUUCUCACGGCAUUUGUUGUUCAAUUUGGACAUGGCUAUUAUGGACUACAUCUUUACUCGCCAUGGGCAAAUCUCGCAGGUUGUACUGACGCCCAAGAAACGAAAGGAACUUAGCGACGGGCUCAAGAGACGUUUCGCCCUGAUAGGUUUGGGUAACGCAAUACUUGCACCUGGACUUGUUUUAUUCUACUCAAUCCUUUUUUUCUUGCGUUACUUCAAUGUAAGUGGAUAUCCCGUGGAAAAUUUCUCGCAUUUCGGCUAACAAUUGAAAAGGAAUUUCAACAAAAGCCCUCUUCUAUAGGUCAACGAUCAUAUACACCCUUGGCGGAGUGGAAAUUUCGAGAGUUUAAUGAACUUCAGCAUAUUUUCGAAGAGCGAAUUAAGAUGUCUCGUCCAUAUGCGACUCAUUAUCUUGAUCAAUUUCCGAAAGUCAAAACGAUACAUCUGGCAACGUUUCUAACCUUCAUUAGCGGCGCAAUUCUUGCCGUUCUUGGUGUUGCAGCAUUGUGGCAUUCUGAAUUGUUUUUAGAGUUUGAGAUUAUACCCAAUGUCAACGGUGCCAUCUGUAUCGCAAUAGUCGGAGCCAUAUGGAAGAUGUCAAGUGGCACCGUACCAGAACCCGAUUCGGUCUUCGACCCCGCUUACGCGAUGCAAAAUGUGAUCAGUUACACCCAUUACAAACCACCCGACUGGGAAGGAAGACUCGAAACCGAGGCCGUGCAACUAGAGUUUGCCAGUCUCUAUAAAACCAAGAUCAUGCUAUUUCUCAGCGAAAUGCUUUGCAUCAUCGCAACACCAUAUAUCCUCUACUUCAACCUCCCAAAUUGCAGCGACCGCAUCAUCGACUUCUUCCGUGAGUUUACGGUUGAUAUCGAUGGCAUCGGUUAUGUCUGUUCCUUUGCAGUCUUUGACUUCAAAAUGAAAGACGGACGGAAAGCGAAUCCCGGCCCAGCAGGCGCCGCUGAUCCAAGAGGAGACUACUAUUCCACCAAACAGGGGAAAAUGACGGCUUCUUAUUACGGCUUCAUCGAUAACUAUAUCCAUAAUCCCAAGUCCGGAUUACCAGGCCAUAUGCCUCCCAAUAUGCGGACACCUUUUAAUCCCCCGCCCUCAUUCCCGGGUAUGAUGUCCCCGACUUUUAAUCCUGGGAUGCAGAGUUCUGCCGCGGGCGUUAAUGAGAGACGAACUGGGGCGAGAGGACCAGCGGGUUUAGCACACGCUGGGAGAACACCACGAUUUGCACCUGCUGGUGCCCAGGGGUCUCCGAUGACCUCCAUACUCCUUGAUCCGCACCAUCAACCUUCAUCUUCGGGUUUCGGUGGUGGAGCACGAAGCACCCAUCGUCCCUCCCGUUCGCGAUAUCAAGCUGGUGCUCGGAGUAACAUCGAGGAACAGACGGAGGAUGAAGACGAGCGAAUAACCAGACGACGAGUAUCGAAGAAGGGCAAGAAUGCGAAUGAGGGCUUCGUGGAUGAGAGCGUUGCUGGUUUGGGAGAGUCGAGAUGGGAGACUAGUCCAGUGAGAGGCUUGACUGGUGAUGGGGAUGAAGAGGAAGACGUGGAUAACGGAGGUGUUUUGGGGCUUUUGCAGCAGCUUCAGCAGAGAGCUGGGGCGCUGGGAGGAGAUGGGAGGGUGAUUUAGUGGGAUUGAGGUGAGAGGUGGGUGUGAAUAGUAGGGUUAGAGUAGCAUUUGGGUAAGUAAGACAUUUGCACUGAGAUAUUGUGUUCUUCUUUCUUUGUUUGAUGGUCGCGUUGGGACAAGACAAGAGGGAACGGUGUGACAAUAGAUGCGAAAGAGACAGUCUUGUUAGGCGUUUGGGUUCGAGGUUCAUUCGGUCGGUUGGUUUAUAUUACGGAGUAAGAUAAAUCAUGGGGUAUGAGGUACGAGGUAUAAGAAUGAGAAUGAGAAUGGGAAUGAGAAUGCAUUUUAGAUUUGGGCGGUUAGUUGGGAGUUAAAUAUGAAUACGGAUAUGAAUACAAACACAGCAUAUGAACUCCAAC